CAAUAAUAACUAUAAUAGUAAAUACUGAAUAGUAAUGUCAGUCGGACUCAGUGCUGUACACAUUUUAUUUUAAUGUUCACUUGUCGCAUUUUGCUUUUGUGUGAGACACUGAAUUAUUUUAUUACAGUGUGAAUUUAUUAAAUCCAUGUCUAAGAAUAUGUCUCCAGCUGUCCGCUAUGCAAGCUGGGACGAGUAAUUGGGACCGUGAAUUCGAAGACAUGACGUCUAACGAUUCAGGCGUGGAAAGCAGCACGGACAACGACGAUUGUGCGCAGCCGAGAUUCAACAAGAGGCUUGUAUCGUCUGCUGAGAUGUCCUUAGUGCCAGUGCGAAGGAUGAAGAACCAUGAUUUUCCGUUGUCGCUGUGCUUGAACUCCAUAUCCGAACCCCCGAUCGUGUUCGCGCGACCUAUAAUCAACGAGAUUCCUGGUCGUAAGUUCAAGUGCCUAUUUGAGUUGGCAAAUCCCGCGUUUCCGAGCACGUUGGAUAGAUUUCAAUCCUGUCUAACUCCCAUACAAGAGUACACUGAAAUGUUGUUGAAAAUGGAGAAAAAAGGCAAUUCAGCUCAGACCAAAAGCAAUAUCGGCCCCAGCCGUUCCCAUUUGUGUCGUACUUACUUGAGGUCAAAUUCUUUUCAGUCUAGAGAUAGUCACAAACUAUGUCGAGCGGCAAACAUGAAUAACACUGAAGUACUGGAGCAAUUUCUCAAGAACGGUGUUGAUCCAAAUUGUUGGGAUAGUAGAAAACGAACGCCCUUACAUUUGGCAGCAAGCAAAGGUUAUGCAGAAGCUGUGGGUUUAUUAUUGAAAUAUGGUGCCAAUCCAAAUAUAAAAGAUGCUUUGGGAAACACUCCAUUACAUUUAGCUGCUUGUACACAUCACAUGGAUGUAGUAACAUUACUCUUAAAAGGAGGAACAGAUGUAAGUAGCUGUGAUGCCCAAGGCCGAAGUCCUUUACAUUUGGCCCAGUCAAAAUUACGCCUGUUGACUCAUUGCAAAAGUGAUGUCUGCACAUCGGUUAAACAGACAGUAUUACAGGUAAUUGAAAUGCUACUGGCAUAUUUUGAUAAAAAAAACAGCUCAGAUGAAGCAGAACUAUUGAACGCCUUCCAAACUAGAUUACAAAUAUCAGAUACAGGUGAAAGGGUUAGCACUGAAAUUCAAGAUCUUUUAAACAAUUUAUCUACAUUAAAAUUAAACAAAUAAGCCUGAAAUCAUUGAAAACAUUUUUUUUUUUAGUUUUAUAAAACUAUAUAUUUAUAUUAUUGGUCAAUACUAUGUUAUGAAAUUAUUAUAAUAUUUUUUUUUUUUAAAUUAAUUUGACCAAUUAGUUAAUAUUAUAAUUUGAACUUUUAUUUUAUAAUUGAGUUAUACAUUGAUUAUAGAUAUUAAUAAUUGUAACCAAUGGAUAUUCAUUUUUGGGAGAAUAAUUUUUGAAACGAUGAAAUAAAAAUUCACUGAAAGCUUGUAAAACAUAGUUGUUUGAUAAAUUAAUUUUAUAUGUUAUUUAUAAUUAAUAGUAAAGUAGAAUAUUUAAUUUAUAUUUUUUUUUGUUCUAUUUCAAGACUAAAUAAGUAAUUACACUUUAAAAUGAUCAUUAUAAUUGUUUUUUUAAAACAACGAAUACGAUAAAGUAUAUUAGUUUAUAUAGUUAUAUGAUACAUUAGUUUUAGUCAUAAAAGGGACUUAACUCUGCUAUAUAGUCUCUUUAAACGUACAACAUAAAAAAUAGUCUUCAGCUAAGUUUGAAACCAAUUUUGUUAGUUAUCUUAAUAAUAGAGUGAAUAAGUAGUAAAAUAUUAAAGUAUAAAAAUUCACAUAAUUAAUAACUAAAUGUAAUUUAAAUUCAAAACCAACUUACUAACACAAUGCAUAUUAAAUUAUACAGUUGGGCUCAUUGAUGACAAUUUUAUUAUGUUGUACAAUUGUAAGACUUAGACAACACACAGGUGUGGCUCCCUGUUAAGAAAUCUACAGACUUGAUAUUAUAUGUUUGAAUUACUUCAUAAACAUAUUUGUGUUUUUGAAAAUAUGUUUAGAUAAUAGAUUUUUUUUAUAUAGUCUUAAGUAUGCAUUAAAAGUAAUUUUUAUGAGUUAA